GGGGUGUAUUUACAAGAAAAUGAUGCAAGAAUACGAUGAUGAUUUCUUUUUUGAGGAGGAUAAAAUCGUGUUAUCAGUUGUUUGAACGACACCCAUUCAAACGUAUGUUCAGUUUUUAUUGAUUUUUGUGACAAUGUGGCAGCAAAACAGUCAGUUUUAUAUAUUCAAUGAUACGAGAAUAUGCCCGCAGCUGCAAGCGACCAUUCACAAUAUGUUUGAAGAUAAGAUGGGCAUGACAGUGACCUCAGGGAGUGUCGCACUCAGCAAAGAUGAGAAGAACCUCAUUGGCAUCAGUAUUGGCGGAGGAGCACCUUUAUGCCCCUGUCUCUAUAUUGUUCAGAUCUUCGACAACACGCCAGCUUCAAAGGAUGGGACACUGCAAAGUGGAGAUGAGUUAGUUGGUGUGAAUGGACAGUCGGUGAAGGGCAAGACCAAAGUUGAAGUGGCUAAAAUGAUUCAGUCAGCUAAGGACGAAGUGACGAUCAACUACAACAAGCUCCACGCGGAUCCCAAACAGGGGAAGUCCUUAGACAUCAUCAUGAAGAAGAUGAAACAUCGUCUGGUUGAGAACAUGUCUUCGGGAGCCGCUGAUGCGUUAGGCCUGUCCCGGGCUAUACUGUGCAACGAUACCCUGGUGGCGAAACUGAAUGAGUUGAGGGAAACUGAGACCACGUAUAAAAGGCUGGUGGAGAACGCUAAAAAAAUGCUGAAAGCGUACUUCGAUCUCCUGCAAACGUACAAGUCAGUUGGAGAUAUCUUCGCAGCGAUCGGAGUGAGGGAGCCACAAGCGAGGGCCUCCGAAGCAUUCACUAAGUUUGGGCAGUACCACAGGCUGUUGGAAAGGGAUGGAAUCAAAAUGCUGAAAUCUUUGAAACCUAUCCUAUCAGACAUGGGCACAUACUUAAACAAGGCGAUCCCAGACACGAAGCUGACUAUUCGCAAGUACGCUGACACCAAGUUCGAAUACCUGUCCUACUGCCUCAAGGUCAAGGAGAUGGAUGAUGAGGAGUAUGGAUAUAACGCGCUGCAGGAGCCGCUGUACAGGGUGGAGACUGGGAACUAUGAGUACAGGCUAAUUCUCCGUUGCCGUCAAGACGCAAGAGCGCGUUUCGCUCGUCUGAGGAGCGAUGUCCUCGUCAAGUUGGAGCUGCUCGAGAACAAGAAGACGCAGGAUGUAGCCUACCAGCUGCGCCGGUUCAUACAGGGACUGGCUGUCUACCAUAAUGAAUCUGUAGAGCAUUUGAAAGACAACGCCACGCUGUUCCCAGUUGAAGUUGAUCUGUCUCAGAACGCGUUCCAAUACAAGUCGACUGCGCAGAUCAUUCAGGACAGCCAAGAAGAUGAAGAAGACAUUGAAUUCGGCAAAGAGAUACACGAAUACCACGACAUAGCUGACAUUGACAAAGAAGCGAAACUUGUCAACAGGCGUCAAACCAAGGACAAUGAUGACACUGAAUCUUCCCAACAACUACUCCCAGACUUUGACAACGUGAAUCUCACUUUUGACAAAGUGGAUAAAGCUGACAACUUGGAUAAUUUGACGCUACUGACUGAACUUGGCUUGGCUGACACGAAUGUACAAGAUGACUUUGGUGAUUUUCAAAAUGGAUUGCUCGAUGAAUUCAUGCCGAAGCCAAGUGGUGAUGACAAGAAUGAUAUUUUUGAUAAGUUGUUGAAUGAUUUGGGUAUUGAUAAAUAAAUUAUUUGGUAAGGUA